CCCAAAUGUCCAAAUCAGCAAGGACGAAGGCGCAGAGGCAGUAAUCGGCUCAUUCCUAUUCGCUAUCGCACUCCGCCCCAAAGAAGAGGUAAUCGGCGCCAAACCCAAACCCCUGCACUCGGACUUCUCCGUGACUUCGUCAGUCGGUAGUCCGUUAGGCCGUCGCCCUACGGACGGUCGGCGCACGGUGGCAGUGCUUUACGGCUGUCGGCUUAGCCUCUAGCUGAGUAGCCUCUCAUCUCUUGAUACCUCGACUGCUCUAUUGCUCAGUGACGACAGUGAGUCAGCGCACCAUAUUUGCUCUUAGCCUAGUGGCCCCCUCGCCGCCUCGCCGUUAAAUAAAUUUAGGCCCCCUGGAUACUGAAGCUAGAUCCGCCCCUGCUCAGGUACCCGCUCGUCAUGGAGAACGACGGACAGGUUGCGCUUCUGCGUCUGAAGUCAUCAGAGCCACCUCUCUAUCUCUCACCAUCUCUGGAUCUUUCUGCAGCCGCUCGAUUAGCCUCCCGAUAUCUCUACUCUUCCCUCAAGCCCUUCACCCCCAAGUCUCCUUUCCCUCAACUCUUAACUGACGGCUUCGAUGCAGAGCAAAUAUGGCAGCAAAUUGACCUCCAAUCGGAACCUUUGAUUUCCUCCAUCCGUCGAAGAGUCAGCUACUUCAAGAAGAAUCCAGAAAGCAUUUCAGAACAGUUCAAUGUAGAAUCUAAGGGGUUGGAGAAAAAAAUAGAACCAUUGGAGGAAUUAGACGGGAAUAGAGACAAUAUUGAGGAUGCUGUAUUGGAUGAUUUUGAUGAGGAUGAUGAAGAAGGGGAGGAAGAGCAGCAGGUUGACAAUGAGGAUGAUGAUGAGGAGAAAGAAGAGGACUCGGAAGAAGAGGAGGAUGAUGGUACUGGCUUAGUAGAGGAUGAGUUCUUGAAAAUAAAGGAACUAGAAAAAUUUAUGACAGAUGACGAGGCAAGGGAGUUUGGUUUCGAGAAGGAGGUGAAAAAGAAGAAGAGGAAGAGAGUUGAGCAAUCAGAGCCCGAUGAUGAAAGUGCAGGAGAUGAGGAUGAUGGGCUUGGAGAUGUGGACUUUGAUGAUGAUAUUUCCGAUGAAGAUGCAGACAUGGAAAAUGCCAGGUAUGAAGAUUUCUUUGAAAAAAAGAAGACAGAUCUCAACAGAAAAUAUAAAGCAAGUAAUAGAUCAAUUAACAUGGAAAGCGACGAAGAAAGAACUGAUGAUGGUGAUGAUAAGGGGAACCACAAUCUUUCUACCCAUGAAAGAGAGCUUCUAAAAUUACGCUCCACGAUAGAAGAAAUGGAGAAGGCAAACAUAGAGCCAAAGGCCUGGACAAUGCAAGGAGAGGUAACUGCUGCUAAAAGGCCAAAAAAUAGUGCAUUGGAAGUUGAUUUAGAUUUUGAGCACAAUGUGAGACCUGCACCGGUGAUUACAGAAGAGGUUACUUUGUCCCUAGAAGAAUUGAUACGCAAACGGAUCCUUGAGGAACAAUUUGAUGAUGUUAAGAAGCCUCCUAGUAUGCCAUCCCGAGCGCCAAGAGAAAAGAAAGAACUGGAUGAUACUAAGAGCAAAAAGGGUCUCGCUGAAGUGUAUGAGGAGGAAUAUGUUCAGAAAACUGGGCUUGUUUCAAACGCUAUGUCUUUCUCGGAUGAGCAAAAGAAAGAGGCAUCUAUGCUGUUUAAAAAACUCUGCCUCAAGUUGGAUGCGUUAUCUCAUUUCCAUUUCGCACCUAAACCGGUCAUAGAAGAAAUGUCUAUUCAAACUAAUGUCCCUGCUCUUGCAAUGGAAGAGAUUGCACCAGUGGCCAUCUCAGAUGCAGCUAUGCUGGCUCCUGAGGAAGUUUUUACUGGAAAAAAGGAUAUCAAGGAGGAAACAGAGCUCACACAAGAAGAGAGGAAAAGGAGGAGAGCGAAAAAGAAAAGAAAAUUCAAAGCUGAGACAUCAAAAAAGAAGGCACCUCUAAUUGCAUUGCAUACCAGUUCUGAGAACAAGGGACAAUCGUGACCUAGAAAUGUUCAGAUUCCAAAUUAUGCCGACUGUUCGAGUAGUAGCUGUUGACACUAAUGCUUGGUCCUGGAAAACAAUAUCUAAGUUCAAACAGGAGUAUGGCAACCACAAGGCAAGUGGGAAAUAGCUAUAAUUAUGCGAAUAUAGAGUGAUGUAUUGAUCUUCAUGUUCUGGGAAAGGCUGCAUAUUUUUGCUUCAUGAUUAUCAUUUCCAUUUUGUUUUGCUGAAUAUUUCCAAGCUGGUUUAAUUUUGUUUAAUCUAUGUAUUUUAAAAUUUUGCGGUUGUGACAAUCAAGUAAUACAGUUAGUUUGCAGUUCCUUUGUUCAAUGCUGUAAGACCAUUUUAUGAUUUGAAUGUAAACUUGAAUUAAGAGCAUAGUUGGAGUUUUCUCUCUCAAACC